AGUAAAGGAAGGGAGCGAAUUAUUCAAGAAGUAUUCCUGGCCACCGUGGCUUUUGAGGAAUUUGCAUUAACGUUUGCUCAGCAUCAUCUCAACGAAACAGAAUCCCUCUUUAACCUAACGAGUGACCACGUUGGUAAGUGUUCAAAUCAUGUCAUUGAGAAAAAUAAGCUUGCUUGUUGUACUUCUGUUUGUUUUUAGAAUAACACCAGGGGAAUAGCACCGAUUAGUUUUUAAAUAUAUAAUUACUUGAUCAGAUUAGCAUUGGAUGCAACAUUUUUAUACCAGAAUGCGCGUAAUUAUUGAUUGCGAUGGCCAAUUUUGUAAACCUAAGAGGAGGUAUAUUAUGGACUAUAUUAGGUCGGUUCCAUUUUGUGUACCCUUAGGCUACUCAACAGGAAAAAUCAGGUCAUCAGAGCAUCUUUAAGGUCCUGGUGUCAGUUUCGAAGAAGACACAGAAGAGAAAACCAAACGAAAGCUGCUUAAUCAAAAUCAUGAACAUGCAACUUCAACACGCCGUUUUCGAUCUAAAAAUACCAUUGUUGUUACAUAUUCCUUAUCUUCCUAGUUUUUAAUAUAGAGAGGCUAGGUUUCAGUAAGCCCCUAUUCAUUGUUCUUGAAUUUAAAUAGAAGCGGAAUCAGUGUUGUAAAGAUCACGUUCCAAGAGAAAUUUCUUUACAGAACUACAGAUCAGGAAACGCUUCGACGACAAUGAAGACGACUUUUAUUUCGAAGAGUCGCAAGGGCAGAGCAACAUAAAGAUUCCUUUAGAAGUGUCUGCAAAUGGUAAAAACGUUUAAACAUAAAGCACAAGCCUCUUUGUAGUGAUGCGCUGGAAUUUUCGGGAUAUCUAAAUGAAAUCCUUUAACUUAACUGAAAUUGCUCGCGAAACGUAAAGGAAUAGAACUUACGAGCGCCAUUUUGAAUGAAUUAUUUUAGCCACUAUUAUUGUACGCCCAGGGAGUGAAAAGGCGCAUGUAAAUUUAUUUAAGCUUCUCAAAUGUGCGCCAUUCUUGUUCGAUUCAUUUAAAGCUUACUUGCGAUAGGACUCUGGUGAGGAAAUGCAAUAUUUGUGUUGUUAUGAUGAGUAACAAGAGUUGAAUUUAGGUCAUUCUUUGGAGAGACGAACGUUCAUUUUUACUAAAAUCCACACACGGUCAAAACUUCUUUCUCUCAUUGGAAUCCUAUGCUGAACAAGCUUAUGCAAAAGAUUUCAUAAAAUGAUUACUAUCUAGGGCUCAACUAUUACCCUUAUCAAACAGAACGGAUCACCGUUUCUUCAAGCUUUCUCGAGUCCAGUGCGUUCUAAAGAGAUAAGGUCCAUUCUGCUUAACUGUUAGCGUCAUAAUUUAAUUGGAAAUAUUACUUCAACAAAGAAAAAAUUCUAUUAUUAGUAUUUACCAAAUCAGUGAAUAGCAAUUUUAGAGCGUUUUGAUUGGAUACUGUAACUCGGAAAAACAUUGUUUAUUCACUGUUUUGCGACGGGAACCAAGAUGGGGUCUCGUUUCGAGACUUUUAUUUGAGCAAAAAAUGAAGCAGUCGUACAAACAAAAACCAAGAAAGUGACGAACUUUGGCUUGUGGGUGUUUUCUGGUAGGUAGAAAAUUAUUUUCUUGCUGAAUUUGCAACAAAAUCGUAAAAAAAAAUGAUCCCAGAAGCACUGUCAAUUGAAACGUAAACAAACUCUUAACUAAGUGACGUCUUUUAUUUACAAAAAGUUCCUUUCUUUAUUUUUAUCCAACUGCUUUGGUAAAUACUAAAACAGCUAUCCCUCUCAGGGUCGGUUCAUAGAGCUAGAUAUAUACCUCGACGCUUCGCGUUUCAUACAUUACUACCAUUAUUCACCUCCCCUUCGGAGAAUAGUUGAAUAAAAUAUUUUGAAAAUGAAGGGUAACUUUGAGAAGAGGGGUCUUCCUUGAAUACUAUUUACGUACUAGUUAAGUGUUUACAAGUCGGUCAUUCAGUGAUACCUUUGUUCCGUAUUGUUUAGGGUCAGUGCUGCUAGCAGUUGUGUACAAAAACAUCCACGAACUCUUUCCUACAAAUAAAUUCAAGGCGAACACAGCUUACGAGGAAAGGUUAGCCAAGCAUUCAUACCAAGUAUUUAUAUUAAUAUUUUGCUUACUCCAUCUCAUUGAUUUUUUUGCUAAACUAGCUUUAGCUAUUUGACUUAAUGCCUUUACACUGCCUAUUAUCAAGACUUUUCUUGUAUUGACCACACUACCAUCAGCAUCAUCAUCAUCAUCAUCAUCAGCAGCAUCAGCAUCAGCACCAUCAUCAGCAUUACCAUCAUCAUCACCAAAAGAAGCAUUAUUAUCAUCAUCAUCAUCAUAAUCAUCAUCAACAUCAGCAUCAGCAUCAACAUCAGCAUCUUGAUCAUCAUUAUUACACAGUGCUCACAGAUGUUGAGAACCUCGAGAGCUGGGCAGCCAACAACAGGAUGUCUUUGAAUUUAUCAUAGACAUUGGAAAUGUGUUGCGCCUGUUUCCCCUCCAGUGCCUGGGAUUGAACGAGAGGAGUGGAUGAAAGUCUUGGGAAUUACUGUCCACGAAGAUCCUUCUAAUUGUGAUGUUCAUGUAGACAGCUUCCUUUCUAGAGCUGCUGGUCGUCUGUAUUUCUUAGAGUAUGCAAGUAUUUUGGGUACACUAAAGACCAGCUCAGUGCACUCUUCGAGUCUUUGAUAAUUUGAUUUUUUCAGAAUGGAUUAGAAGUGUGGGCUUUUGCUUCCCAAAGCAAAUUUUUAGAUCUGAUUGACACUUUCAUAAGACGUGCCUAUCGUUUUAGCUGUACAAAUAAGAUCUUUUUAAUGUCUGAUGUGAUAAAGAACAGGGACAGUGAUCUGUUAAACAGAAUCCCUACUUACACUGGUCAUGUAUUGUAUGAGUUGCUUCCACCUAAACGCAACAGGGCCCUUAGAGAUAGGGGCCACGACUUCAUACUUCUUAGAGUGAAAACUGAACUGUUUAAGCGGGCUUUUGUAAAUAGAUGUCUUUUUAGAAAUAUUCUUUUUCUUGAUAUCCUUGUGUAACCUAAUUUUUGUUAUUUUGUAAAAAACAUAUUUAUUACUGAUUCUAAAGCCACACGUAUGUUGUGUCUGAUGUUUUAAUAAAGACUUCUUCUUUUUCCUCUUCUUCUUCUUCUUCUUCUACUACUACUACUACUACUACUACUACUACUACUACUACUACUACUACUACUGCUACUACUGCUGCUGCUGCUGCUGCUGCUGCUGCUGCUACUACUACUACUACUACUACUACUACUACUACUACUACUACUACUACUACUACUACUACUACUACUACUACUACUACUACUACUACUACUACUACUACUACUACUACUACUACUACUACUACUACUACUAUUACUACUACUACUACUACUACAACUACUACUACUACUAACACCUCUACGAUCAUCGUCACCAACAGCUGGAACAUCGGCAUCAGUAUCAUUAUCAUCAUCAUUAUCUAUUUCGUUUAUCUCUUUUUUUUUGCCUAACCGUGACUGGUUUCAUGUACCUGUGCAUAGCCUGGAGUCGUGGUAAAAUCACCGUUGUUGUUUGCGUAUCAAGAAAAUUUCCAAGCUUUUGUUGAAAUAGUAUUUAAUCUAUCCAAAACGUAAUAGAUGUCCGCUAUUUAACCAAACCCAUAUAGUGACUCUCUGUUACAUAUCUUUUUUAUUUAUUUAUUUUUUUCAGAAGACUGAAUACCAUCAUAAUGUCAGGAACAAUUGAUCCGCAACCUGAUUAUUUGCAGAAAAAUGUGACUUUGGUGUUCUCAAACUUAAAGGUGAGCUUUAAGCCCGUUUUUCUCUUUUUCACGACACUACAAAACCAUUGAUUAACUCUUUAAUACUUGACAUUUUUUGUCAUCACGCUGGCGUAGCUGUGGGUAUUAUUUACACUCUUUUCCAUCUUCCUUAUUCGAAGUUCCCUGUUGAAACUUUCAACAAUAAAUACUCUUGCAGCUAUGUAGUUUAAUCCUUUCUUUAUUUGGCUUAAUCGACAACUGUUUUCCAUGGUCUGUACCCUUAUUGGCCGUAGAAAUGACGUCAUGAUGUUCAAAUCAAUGCAAAGUUUUGAAUAUUUUGUCGUAAUUUCUAUGGUCGAUAAGAGUACAAACCAUGGACAAUUGUUAUCACUUGUUUUUUGUACAAUAACAUUGACAGUUUUGACGUCCAUUUCCGUUGAAGUGUCUCUGAAAUUCGCGCGCACGAUAAAGAGAAAAACAAAUUGCACCACCAUCACGUCAUUUCCAUGGUCUGUACUCUUACCAAAUUUAGCUCUCGAGCAACUAGCGCAAGAAUUUCGCUCAAGUAUGGUAAAAAUAAUUAUUUUAAGUGUUGCAGAAUGCAUAAGAUCUUUCUAUAUAAUUUUAGGAGGUUACUGGGAAAAGGGAAUGUGCUUUUUGGAACUUAAACCUGGAUUACAGGUAUGUAUGACCAGAGACAUAUGCUCGAAUUCAAGGUCUUAACUGUAGAAGGCUUCAACAUCCGGCAGUCAAUACCCCUUCUUUCAUUCAAUUAUGUCAAAAACGUCCGAGUCCUUGCCCCACGCCACUUAAUUUCUAAGAUAUUAGGGGUAUGACAGUUUGACAAAGAACUUUAAAAAUAAUUCACAGUGCUGAGGUAGUUAAUAAGCUUUGAUGUUAUCACAUACUGUGGACAAAAGGUCAAUGGCAACACCUUAUUUCAGAUGUUUUUUUUUUUAUUUCCAUGAAGUCAGUUAAGAUGCAGAAAUAAUCUUAAUUUGUGGAAAGUAUUACAAGAGAGGCUGUGAUACUUUCCACAAAUUUAGAUCAUGUCUACCAAACUGUGGUUUACGUAGAAACUCAUGUCAGUCGUAGAGAAAAUUCUCUCACUUACAGGUUCCCAGAAUUACAGACGUUCGGUGUGUACCCAUUUAAACAUGGAAGAGUUAAAAUUGCAUAAAGUCAGGGAGGGGUUUUCCACUUUGUCUUUUCACUCUCCGCCCUUUGUCUAUUACUUUUUGCCUGGCAAUCCGCAGUUCAUAAGUGUAAAGAUAAAGAAAUAAAUCCUUUCGAAAAGAAACACAACUAGAGUAAGGUAGUAAGGAUUUUCAAAACUCAAGGGAAGUAUACUUCUUUUCUUUUUUUUUUUUAGCCCUGUUGGGUGGUCAGGAAAUGGAUGUCAAGUGAAAUGGAUGAGCAAUGACAAAACCGAAUGCAGCUGCAAUCAUUUGACUCAUUUUGCGGUUCUGAUGCAGUUUGAUUCGACUUCUGCAGGGAGAAGUAAAAUCAGAAUAACUAAGGUCAGGUAUUCGUAGGAAAAUUUAUGACAUUGCCUGUUGAGUAAUCUUAACGCUGCUUCACACUUGUCACGUCACUUGCACCAAUGACAAAAUACGGCAUUUACAAUCCAGUCUUUUUACUACUCACAACAAAAGUCAUUCCUCAGUAACAUUGUUUUUAUUCCUUAUUUGCCAAGUCUACCAGCCAUAAUCACUGUCUGGUUCAAUGUAAUGUAAUCCAAGACAGAUCCACCUUGUGGGUUCCAGGUUUCAGGGACUGGAUUCCUGAUGCUUUCUCAUUGGAAUCUGGAUUCCAAUUUCCAAUCGUUGGUGGAAUUCCGGAUUCCUUUACCUGAAUUCUGGAUUCCGAAGCCCGGGAUUCCAGAUUCCACAAGCAAAAAUCUCCCGCAUUCCGGAAUCAGGAAAACCUUACAUCACAUGGGGUGAGGCUGUCAUUUAUAAUAAUUUGCAUUAAUUAAACUAUUUUGUCCGUUCAUUUAUCCUAUACAGGCAGAUGAAAGGAUACUGAACAUUCUCACUUACGUUGGUCUGACGCUGUCCCUCAUUGGAAUAACAUCGACAAUAAUCUGCUACGCUUUUCUCACGUACGUGUUAAUCUUUAAAAUCCCAGUAAAAUCUGUUCAUCUGUUAUCCUUCGUCGAUUCAUCAGUUCAUUUUCAUAUUUGUUGAAAUAUUUGUCUUGAACAGGGAGCUUGCAACACCAUUAUCCCAGAUCAGGAUAAGCCUCGUCACCUGUCUAGGAGCAGGACAAAUUAUCUUUCUUACUGGUAUAAACGCGACCAAAAGCAAGGUAUUGGCCGUAUUCACACUAGAGACGGAUUAUGCGUCUGAGACGGAUAAUCCUUCCUCAAACAUAGGAAAAAAUAACAGAUCCCCAUUUUUGGAUAUUUUAGGGUAUUUAAAGUAUACCCAUAACAAUCUCAAAUUUGGCAAAGUGAGACAAGUCCCAACCAGGGAAUUCCCAACCAAGUUCCCUGAUUGGGACUUGUCUCACUCUUCCAAAGUUGGGAUUUUUGUGGGUAUUCUUCAAAUACCCUAAAAUAUCCAAAAAUGGGAAUCUGUUUUUUUUUUCCUGUGAAAAUGUGUCAAAAUUGACAGAUGAAAAGAAGGAUAAAGUCAGACGGAUUGUUCUUCCAAAAUUAAGACCGGUCCAUUUUUAGGUUAAGACGUAUUAUCUGUUUGAUGCGAAUUGUCCAACGGAUAACCCUUGUCACUCCGACGGAUAAUCCGUCUCUAGCUAGUGUGAAAUCGGCUAUUGUAAUAAGCGCAGAUGGGAAGUGUUUAAUAAGAACUCCAGAAGUUAUUUUGGUCUUUCAAAUUGCCAGGUAUAUUUUUUCGCAUUCUACCUACAGGGAUUCACUACAUUCUUUCAUUCUUACAACUAUUUGUACCCUCUGUCUUAUGUCUUCCGGUCACUUCUGUUAUUUGUAAGUCAGCGGUACAGAUCGAGUAAAAUUAUUUUUACGGCAAAAGAAGCUUUAACCUUGAUUUCAAUCAAGUAAGGAAUACAUCUCUUUCGCUAUUCUGGNUCGAGUAAAAUUAUUUUUACGGCAAAAGAAGCUUUAACCUUGAUUUCAAUCAAGUAAGGAAUACAUCUCUUUCGCUAUUCUGGAAAUGCUUGGUUUACUUAAGUACAGUCGAACCCCGCUUCACGGACGCCUACUUGAUACGUACGCCUCGUAAUUACGGAGAGUUUUCCUUGUCCCUUGCCCUUGCAUUUUCCCUAAAUGUUCCCCGCUUUAUACUACUACAUGAGAAAUUUCUGCAAUUUGAUUGGCUUAGAGCAGUGGUAUUUCAGUUUAAUUUGGAAUACCUACAUGUGAAAAUUACAAACCUUUUGCGGGUAGUACUAUAAACAAAUAAUAGUAUGAUUUGUACGUGAUAUCUGGCAUAAAUACCAUUAGUGAUAUUUCAAAAUUGUCUGAAAUUUUACUCGCCUUAUGGCUCGUGAAAUUACCUAUACAAUUUCGAAAUAUCACUAGUGGUAUUUAUGCCAAAUAUCACUACAAAUCAUGCUAUGACCUAUACUAAUACUGACACCCCGUGAAUACGAACACUUUCUAUGACCCCCUCAGUGUCCGUGUUAACGGGGUUUGACUGCACGUAAAUAAGAAUAUGUCCAACUUUGUUUCAGGGUGUCUGUGUAGCAGUAGCCGCUAUGAUUCAGUAUUUCAUCAUGGCGGCUUUUUGUUGGAUGCUGAUCGAGGGAAUUUACCUUUACAUGUUUGUUGUUAAAGUUUACAACGUCAGCAGCAGGAUGAAAAUUUACCACGGAGCUUCCUGGGGUAGGUUUACUUUGUAGGUGGCAGUUUGGGCGUUUAGUAAUUGAGCAUUGUCAUGGUUACGAGUCAAUUCUGUACUAGGAGUCCGCUAUAUAUGACUAAAACCUGGUUCUGAUAUACCGUUGAGGUACCUGCGACAUAACCGCUAGUACUGCCUACAACACUACUCCAAAAUAGUAGGAUAUAUCGCCUCCGGUAACAGGAAACAUCGCUGGCCUUUACCGCCGGCAUGCCUGCGAAGUCGAACUCGAGUCCACUUCACAGGCAUGCCGGCGGUAAAGACUGACAUGGCCUCUGUUGCCGGCGACUUCUGUUCUCAUACCGGAACGGUGUCGCGGGCAGUACCGGCAGUUAUAUCGCAGGUAGCUCGGCGGCAUAUAAAAGUUUUCUGAACGCUCUGAGCUGUGUCACACAUGUAUCAAAUUUCAAACAGUGGGAUGUACACCACUAAAUUAAGUGAAAAUAAAAAUAACCACUUAAACGUGAAAGGAAGGUAUAUAUAAAAUGGACAAACUUGAAGUAGAUUGAAACAGAUUGCAAUUGUGGCUUUUAAAAACUUCUUAGCCUAACAGUUUUUCAAGGUUCAUUUUUGUCGUUUGGUUUGUAACAAUGCUUGGGAGAGAUACAUGUCUGACACGAAGGUGGAAUUUUGUCAUUCACGAGUAAUUUCUCAAAGUCUGCGAAUAAGGAUACCUACAAAUUGUAGUUAGCAUCAUUAACAAAAUGAACCAGACAGCCGCAGCACAGUCCCUUUCAAGCUUUAGGCAAAAUAUCAAAUUAUGUUAUUUGAUUUUUUUUAAUUUUACUUUAAUGCACAGGUAUCCCUGCUGCAAUGGUCGCGUUAUCGCUGUUUAUUGCAGCCAGAAUGGACGGGAUCAAAAGUUUUGUUAAUGACGAUUAGUAAGAACUGCAUUUGAUAUGUUGAUCUAUUUAUUCAAUCAAUCAAUUAUUUAUUUAUUUGCAAACUUCGCCAAGAGGCCUAGAACACCGAUAGAGCAAGCUCCACUCCACUCCAUAUUAUAGUUUGAAAUACCGUAUUUCCUCGAAUAAGAGCCUGGGGCGAUAAUUAUUUUCUUUUUCGCACCAAAGGGGGCGAUUAUUCGAGGGAGGCGAUUAUUUCAAAUACUGCUUACUGGAAGUCGUGCUCUAGUAAAUAUUUUGUUUUAUUAUCGCAUUAAAUCGAAAGUGAAAAAGGAAGAAACAUUUUAAUAAUAACUCCGGUUGUCUAAUAUACAAUAAUGUGCAAUAGAUCAGUAUAAUCGGAAUCGUAUUUAAAGAAGCGUUUGGAACAAACAAACACAUUCAGCAAUUUCUCGAUUUUUUUUGUUUUGUUUCAGUUGCUGGAUGUCUUCUUCUGGUAAUCUGAUUUGGAUAUUCGUGUCAUUUGUCGUAGCAGUGGAAAUAGUAAGUGAAACUUAUUCCCAAGUAUCGGCCAAAAAUUAAGACCUCCAUAAAUUCCUGAUUUCAAGGUUCAUCCAUUGCCUUGUCACUCAAUCCUCGCCUGGGGCUCUGGUGGGUGUAUCCUCACCUUUGCUGAGAUAAUUCUCUCUUGCACCUGCAGUUUCAAAGCUUUAUGUGCUUUAAUUAAAUAAAAGGCCUUACCCUAAAUGGAUUCGUCAUUUUUUGGUCUCCCAGCGAACUUGACUUCAUACUGAUUCUGUAAAAGGAAGCAUAAGACUUGUUGUAUUCUGGUGUGUGUUGUUCUUAUCCUCACGUUUUUAAGAAAUAAGUGUUUUUUUUCCAGAUAAACCUUUUUAUCCUGGUGCGCGUUAUCAAGGAAAUGACGACAAUGCAACAAGCAAAAGACAACCAUUCUGAACAAAUAAGGUAAUAAGAAUGUUAUUUUAGCAGGAUUUCGUUUAGGCUAAAUAGACGUUCCGUUCUGAUCAGCGCAAGAUUGAAUACUCUGUAAUUUUUGUAGGCUUGGCAUUAGAGCAUGCGUGGUACUUUUGCCUUUACUUGGGGUCACGUGGCUCUUUGGCGCACUUUCUUCAACGCACAAAGCCUUUGUCUACAUUUUCGUCAUCGUCAACUCCACUCAGGUGAAUUAAAUUUUGAUUUUAAACCGUUUUCUGAAUUGUAUAAACUCCAACCCCACUUUACGUUUGUUUAAGUGAUCAGUUCUCUUCGUUUCUGCGGAAAGCCCCUUCAUUUUCUCUAAAUUCCUCCCGCUUAUUACCGAACCAGUCUAAUCGACAGAAUUCUCAAAGACAGUAAAUCUCACUAAUAAGGAAACUUUAUUGUCAACGGUGUUCGGUAAUAUCAGUACUUCUUAUGAAAGUAAAAAAAAAUCUUCGUAUAAUAGUAGCAGACGAGUCAUAAGAUUAAGUCAAGACAUCAAUUCUUACUGUUUUGGCAGCAAUUGAGCUGGGCAGAGUACUGUCUUUGAUUAAGAAAUAUGUAAAUGAGCAACUUUCCACGGGCAUUAAGUUCGCGGAAAAAUAACUUUGUGUAAGUUAAAGUUAUGUCUUCUUUGAUGAUUGUAAUAUCCCGUUAUAUUUUCCUUUACUGAAUUUUUAUCCAAUAAACAGUUUAGUUUUUACUUAAGUGACAUGACUGAUAUGGGGACUUUCUGUUGUCGCCUCUGUGUUGGUAUUAACGGGGUUCGACUAAAUUUGUAAUAAUGACUUUUUCAAAACCACAAGACACGUUUGACGAGUAAAUAAUCUUUUCUUGUAGACAUAUUAAAUUCUGCAAGUAGAAUACUGCAAUGCUAACCGUACCACGUGAAAUUAACUCUGCAAGACAUCAACACGACACCGAAAGAACUCAAAACAGAGCGGGAUUGUAGUCAUAGACAGCUGUUUCGCCCUUUUUGGGGCUCGUCAGUAUGGCGCAACAACCAGAGAAAGCUCUGAUGAAAAAUAUCCGCGCACUUUGACUUUAAGCCCUGACCCAGAACUCUUAACACCCACAGAAUCACGUCAUACCGCGUGUCUUCUGGGGGGCAAGAGUCCAAGUGUCAAGUUGAUGUCUCGCAGAGAAAAUAAAGAAUUGGCCAAAACCAACCUAAAAAAAAGCAAGAAUUACAGCAUAUCGGAUCUAUAAAAGAUCUACGGCCCAAAAAUUCAUAAAGUGCAAACAUUAACCACAAAGGACUGCAAAGGACCGCAAACGAAUAUGUCGAAGAACGUAGGAUUUAUAAAGACCUGAUCAGCAAAAAUAAUAAUGUAGACAUAUUAAAUUCUGCAAGCAGAAAACUGCAAUGCUGAUCGUACUACGUUCUUCGGCAUAUUCGUUUGCGGUCCUUUGCAGUCCUUUGUGGUUAAUGUUUGCACAAUCUUUUCUUGUUUUUCAGGGUUUCUUUAUCUUUGUUUUCCAUUGUCUUAGAAACAGUGAGGUAUGUACAACUUUUGGAAUCGAACACCCUUGCAGUAUCGAAUAGCACUAAUCCCUAAAGCCUGGUUUUCACUAGCGCAUAAGCAUAAGCAUAAGCACAAGCAUAAGCACAAGGCCGUGGCCCAAUCAUAGGUCACUUUGACCCAGACCUCAUGCAAACAUAUGAAAAGCCGUAUGACGGACGCUUCGUCCGCCAUCUUGUUUAUCAUUGGGUUGAGGAGAGCUGGUAUCGAAAAUUGAGUCAAAUAUGCCAUUCUGUGCGUGCGUGCGUAAGUACUACAAGUUUUCCCGCGCAAUGAUCGGGUGCCAUUGCCAGAUAAUGACUAGCAACACGCAAGUGAUCGGAGUAGAAAAAUUUUUCACUAAGGUGUCAGUUACACGCUGCGAAAAUUUAAUAUACUUUUAUUACUAUGUUCAUACGUAUUUGAUAAGGGCGUCCACAAUAUAUUGGUAGUAUAUGUCUGUAGGCUAAUUCUUUUAUUGCUCUACAACUGUGAUGGGGAAGAUGACUUAGUAUAGACCUUUUUAAGCUUUUUUAGCUUUUAUGUUUUGUUUUCCCAAAACAGGUUAUGUAAUAAUACCCGAGGGGACUGCUUCUUUCAAAUUUCGUUUAUGUACGCAUAUGUACGCAUGUGCAAAUGUACGACAAAGGGUCAAAUUCCCCUGGGACCUCAAUAGGAAAACAAAACAUACAAGCUAAGGGGUCUAUUUCCAUGGUAAUCACUUUUUGUCUACAGAUCAGGGAGAGGUUCAAAAAAAGAGUCAGACUGGUUCAUCCAGUUGCAAGUGUUGGCACCAGCGUUUAUAAAAGGCAGUCGGAGAUUAAAGACAGUAGUGGAGUCAUCUUUCUCAGAAAGAUUGAUUUAAAGACAAACAGCACUGGCGCUUUAGACAAAACUACUUUUUGA